UGUGCCCAAUAAGUAAAAAGAAGAAUGAAAAAUAUUUAUUUUUCUGAAUAAACCUGAAAAAUAAAAAAUAUUUGUAAUACUUACACUGUAUGAUAUAUUUUGUGCAUGUCACAGUUACAUCGUUUGUCAAUGUCACACAUGGAGCUAUAAGAUAUUAUGAACUUUAAGGAAGAGGUCAUCGAAUUGGAGAACAACCCAAUGGGUAUAUACAAGAAAGUCCACAUCAAACAGGAGCCAGUUGAUUUAGCGAAUGAAGAACAAACCGCUAAGGUGGAUUUGUAUGCAAACCAUGAAAUCAAGGAAGAAAUGGUCAUAGGCCCAGUGGUGUUGCAGCUUCCUAAUGUAGCUCAAGCAACAUGUGGGCAAAGCACAUUAAGUAAGUUGAAUGAUGAUGCUCAACUGUACAAGUGUGAUGUCUGCAAUAAAGGGUUUACAAACAAACUUAAGCUUAGGUGUCAUAAAACAAUUCACACUGUAAAGAAACAAUACAAUUGUGAAUUUUGUAACAAAUCUUUUACUAGUAAAGCAAAUUGCAAUAGACAUUUAAUAUCUCAUACUGGAGACAGACCACACAAGUGUGAUAUUUGCAGUAAAUGUUUUAUGAGGAGACACGAACUUAAAUGUCAUAAAAUGACUCAUACUGGAGAGAGACCACACAAGUGUGAUAUUUGCAAUAAAGGUUUUGUAACAAUACAUGAACUGAAGCGUCAUAAAAUGAUUCAUACUGGAGAGAAACCUUACAAGUGUAAUAUAUGCAACAAAGGUUUUAUAAAGAAAUAUGAACUCAAUAUGCAUAAAAUGAGACAUUCUAAUAUGCAACCAUACCAGUGUAACAUUUGCAAUAAAGGUUUUAUUAAAACGCAUGACCUUAAGCGUCAUAUAAUGAUUCAUACUGGAGAGAAACCAUACAUGUGUAAUGUUUGCAAUAAAGGCUUUAUAAAAAAAUAUUCACUCAACCAGCAUGAAAUGAGUCAUUCUGAGGAGAAGCCAUACAAUUGUGAACACUGUAACAAAUCUUUUAUCUGUAAAAAAUAUUAUUACAAUCAUUUAAAGACUCGUACUGGUGAUAAACCAUUCAAGUGUGAUAUUUGCACCAAAUGUUUUAUAAGAAAAUGUCAACUUAGGUGUCACAUAAAAACUCACACUGGUGAGUAGAAGAAUACAAGUAAUAUAUGCAAUAAAGGUUUGUAAUAAAACACAUGACUGCAAGGUCAUGAAAUGAUUCACACUGGAAAU